AUGGCGGACUCGAUGAACCUCAUCUCAGCGCAGAUAUCAUUCCUAGAAGCACAUCUCGCUCUGAUCCACAUCCCCAUUGAAUUAUACUCGUUAUCCCUUCAGCCGAUUCUACGUCUCCUAUUCGGGGAAGAUCACGACGAGGACGCCGCCAAGAUCUCUUGGACAAACCGCCACGACUUCCUCAAUGUCUCCAUCACCACCAUCGAAUGCUCUAUCAUAUGCUCGAGAUACCUGGCGGACCGGUUCGUGCGCCCGGUCGCCGAGGUGUUGAACAGACUCUACGCCAGCAACAACAACAGCAGCAACAAAAGGGGAGGAGGAAAGACAAAAGGGGAAAUCCAGAUCGGGGCCGAAGACUAUAUAGUUAUUCAAGUCGAUGGACAGGGCCUCGAUGCUGGUCAAAGAGUAUUGGAAUUGACGUCGCCAUUAGCUAUGGCUGGAAUAAGCAUUUUCUUCAUCACGACCUAUUUUUCCGACUACAUUCUUGUUCCAUUCCGGUCGCGAGGCACCGUCACCAGGGCCCUUCAACAGCGCGGGUUCGUCUUCUCCAAGACGGCCGACGCAUUCGUGUCGCAGCUUUCACCGUCGUCUCCUACUCUGCCCCAAGGCAGUAGUAGUGGACGGCCAUCCGCGACAUCUUCACCCUUCUACGAUAACUCUGCGCCGACUACCCCGCCAGCCAAGGACAUCCCUGAGCUCCAGCUCCGGACAUUCAAGAAGCUCAGGCUGAACAACAUCAGCCCUCUCGUUGACGGUAGUAUCCGUCUGGCAAAUUGCGCGGGCAGCCGCGAGUACGACAAGGCCAGUGAAGAGCGACUCAAGAACGACCUCCUUCAAGUCCUGCUCGCUACGGCAGCGCCGACGAGCAGUGCCUCCUCGAGACCCCAGGCCCCGAUAUUACCAGCUGGGCUCGGCAUGGGCACACCAACGUCAAAAGGGCCACCACUGCCACCACCGCCGACGGUGACAUCCGAACUGGACUUUGGGGCAAAGUUCCUCUCUCUGACCAUCACCUCCGGGGAGCCCAUCUCGGUGCUCCUGGAGCACCGCCUGCUCGACCGCCUAGGCGGGUCCCUGCUGGGCGCCAAAUCCGACGACGACGCCCUGAUCCCCAUCACGCUGGACCUGCGCGAGCUGCCGCUCGACGCCACGGGGAUCGUGUGCGGCGUGGCCGGGCGCCUGGCACAAGGCAGCACCGAUCUUGUCCCCGUGGAAUCUGAAUCUGACGAUGUCUUCGCUUUGGGCCAUGGCACGACGAAAGUGCCCGGUGCGACGACAACAGUUGAGCCGCGCGAGAACAACGACGAACCCGAACCCGAACCCGUCGAGAUCUCCUUCUUGAGCACCGCGCGAACAGGCACCGUCAUUGUCCGCGCCGCGCAGCUCGAGAAGGCGCUUGAGGCGCUCGAGUACGGGAUGAAGAGGGUCGGAGAUGCGGGCGGAUCUUGA